CACCCGAUCUCCCACGCUGCCCAAAGGGACCCGUCGCUCACCCACGCUGAGCCCAGCAGCACCCGAUCUCUCCACGACGCCCGAGGGGACUUGAUCGUCCCACGCCCCGCCGGGCCGCUCCGCCCUCGCCCUCGCUGGUUGGCCGGGUCGCUGCAGCUGGCGGCGGCGGGAGGAGCCCGGCGUGCCAGCCACGCAAAACCACGGCGUUCGCUGGGCGGCGGGCGCGGCGCGCGGUCCCCGGCGGAGGUGACAGCGCUGACAGCUGCCGGUGCGCUCGGUCCCCGCGGCGCCCCGCAUCCCGCAUCCCGCAUCCCGCAUCCCGCCUCCGCCGCGCUCUCCGCUUCCCCACGAGCCCGGGCGCCCGCCAUGGGGAAGCCGGCGAGCUCGGGAUGCGACUGGCGGCGCUUCCUGCGGAAUCACUGGCUGCUGCUCUCCACCGUGGCUGCGGUGGUGCUAGGCAUUGUCAUUGGAGUCUUGGUUCGUGAAUACAGUGAGCUCUCCAACCUGGAUAAAUUCUACUUUGCUUUUCCUGGAGAAAUUCUAAUGAGGAUGCUAAAGCUCGUUAUUCUGCCAUUGAUUAUAUCAAGCAUGAUCACAGGGGUUGCUGCACUAGAUUCCAAUGUAUCUGGAAAAAUUGGUCUGCGUGCUGUUGUGUAUUAUUUCUGUACCACCAUCAUCGCUGUAAUCCUAGGUAUUGUACUGGUUGUGAGCAUCAAGCCUGGUGUCACUCAGAAAGUGACUGAAAUCAGCAGGACAGGAAACACCCCUGAAGUCAGCACAGUCGAUGCCAUGUUGGACCUGAUCAGGAAUAUGUUCCCUGAGAACCUCGUCCAAGCCUGUUUUCAGCAGUACAAAACCAAGCGUGAGGAAGUGAAGCCUGUCAGCGAUCCAGUGGGGAACAUGACCGAGGCACCCGUCACUACCACCAUGACAGCAGUGUCUGAGAACAAGACAAUGGAAUACAAAAUUGUCGGCCUGUAUUCAGACGGCAUCAACGUCCUGGGCUUGAUUAUCUUUUGCCUUGUCUUUGGACUCGUCAUUGGAAAAAUGGGAGAAAAGGGGCAGAUUCUGGUUGACUUCUUCAACGCAUUGAGUGAUGCAACCAUGAAAAUUGUUCAGAUCAUCAUGUGCUACAUGCCAAUUGGUAUUUUGUUCCUGAUUGCUGGGAAGAUCAUAGAAGUUGAAGACUGGGAAAUAUUCCGCAAGUUGGGCCUUUACAUGGCCACCGUCCUGAGUGGCCUUGCCAUCCACUCCAUCAUAGUCCUGCCGCUGAUCUAUUUCGUAGUUGUGCGGAAGAACCCUUUCCGCUUUGCCUUGGGCAUGGCGCAGGCUCUGUUGACAGCGCUCAUGAUCUCUUCCAGUUCAGCAACUCUGCCUGUUACUUUCCGCUGUGCAGAAGAAAAGAACCAGGUGGACAAAAGGAUCACUAGAUUUGUGCUGCCCGUUGGUGCCACUAUCAACAUGGAUGGGACUGCACUCUAUGAAGCUGUGGCAGCUGUGUUUAUUGCACAGCUGAAUGACCUAGACCUGAGCAUUGGGCAGAUUAUCACCAUCAGCAUCACAGCCACAGCUGCCAGCAUUGGAGCUGCUGGCGUGCCCCAGGCUGGUCUGGUGACCAUGGUGAUUGUGCUGAGUGCGGUGGGCCUGCCUGCUGAGGAUGUCACCUUGAUCAUCGCUGUCGACUGGCUCCUGGACCGGUUCAGGACCAUGGUGAAUGUUUUAGGUGAUGCAUUUGGGACUGGCAUUGUGGAGAAACUCUCUAAGAAGGAGCUGGAGCAGAUGGAUGUUUCGUCUGAAGUCAACAUUGUGAACCCCUUUGCCUUGGAAUCCACGAUGCUUGAUAACGAAGACUCAGAUACCAAGAAGUCCUAUGUCAAUGGGGGCUUUGCAGUGGACAAAUCUGAUACCAUCUCAUUCACCCAGACCUCACAGUUCUAGAGCUCCAGCUUCAGAUGGCUGGGGUGAUGAAGGACAUCUCCACUGGAGUCAUCUCUUAGGAAGCUCUGACAUUAAGGAAAAGAGAAACACUAAUGGCCAACUGUACAUUUAGUUUGUAUACAAACCUCCAGAUUAUUUUCUAUAUUUGGCUUGAUAGCCUUUGUUCUCUGGGUUUUAGAAUUUGGGGUGGGGUAAGGUGAAAGGAAAUUAAGAGAGAAGUUGUAUUAUCUGGGUUAAUUAUAUAAGACAAAGUUUGGAAGUGUAUAAAGUAAUAGCUGUUGGACUUCAGUAGUGUCUGUAGAAGAGAAACUCCUUUCUCAUGCAUAGACGAGUGUUUGGGGUUUUUAAAAAAAUUAUUAUUGGUUAUAAAUUUUUACUCAGGCUUUCUAUUGGCAUGAUUUCCUUUACCCUCUCACUUUUUAUAGAUUAUGUGUCUCAACAGCUCCACCCAGUUAAUGUGCCAAAUUUUCUAUUUUGAACUCAUCUCCAGCAACUUUCAAACUACUGUGGAAGGGAAAAAAAAAAACAGACCAGCACAGUUCUGCAAUAACAAUUUAAGACAGUCAUGGGGUUUAAGGGGAAGGGAGAAGGGUUCUUUAUUCACUGUACUGUAUUGGGACACUGGUAACUGUUCACUAAGUGUUCAGUAUAGCACUAUAUGUAUAUGUGUAUAUAUUUAUUUUCAUAUAAUUUGCAAGACAGAGAUCAGUAGUGAAUUGUCAAUGUGAAAUAAGGAGCUCUCCUUGUACUUGAAUCAUGACUACAAUUCCAGCCAAGGUGUGUGUCAGAGCUUAUUGGAACUCUCUCAGGAGCACUGGGAUGAGAAAUCAAGCUGUUGGGUUGUUUUACACUGUGUUUCAGCCCUACAGCAGAAAUGUAAGCUGUGAUACUUCAGGAUGGCAUAGCCAUUCAUUUACAACUUCCAGGUUCAAACUCCCUCCAGGGAGAGAAUCUAUAUCAGCACUGAGUAAGGGCAUUACAAAGCAAGGCAUCAUUCCCAAAGGCUUGAUGUGCUCAUAUCCAACCAGAAAGCUUCGUUUUUCCAAGUCUACUCUGACCCACUUUGCAAGGCCACUGUUUUUCUGUCCUUGCUCUUUUCUAUCAUCAGGAUCCAAACAGUAGUGGCAAGUCAUCACCCAAGGUGAACAAGCCACCUUGCAGGGUGACCAAGCUGUCCCUAUUCUGUAUUCUUGCAGAAUAAAUCCUAGGACAUGAGAUAUUCUAUCAGUGAUUCAGAGGAAAUUCUUCAUCUUUCUGCACACCUCCUGCUCCAGAGAGGAUGGUUCUAACUGAUGAUCUUAGCCCUGUUCCUUAGAAUCCUUUGGUUCUUUCUGCCAAUUUACAGAGAUAGCUUAAUAAAAGUCUGUGUUCAUCCUGUAAAUAAUGCUCAGCAUAAACGUGUACUUACCAGAAGACAGGUUCCUAAUAGUCAUGUUUCUGCACUAUCUUUAGCCACCUUAAACCCAUGCUUUUAUAUUUAAGAAACUGGAAAUUGUGCCAAAGAUAGCAGAAAGGUAAAUGAAUGCUCAGUGUUGGCCACCUGCCCCUGAAAUUUACAAGAAAAUGACUGGAUUGCUUCGCAAACAUCGUAAUGCCCAAUGAAUCUCUGUGAAAAUAUGAAGUGCAAAUAUUGUUUUUCUAAAUAUAAAAUACAUUGAGUGAAUAAUUUCUUUGGGGCUGAAUGGUUCUAUUCCCUUAUCAGGUGGCUCCCUCCCAUUAGAGGCACUAGAGGGGCAGAGCUGUUCAUGAACUCACUGGGGUCAUCCUUGUAACCAGCCUCUUAACACAUUGUGUGGUUAACGCAAAAGGAGACAGUGUUCCAUUUCCAUCACAAUAAACAUUUCCGACAUUCUUUC